AUGGGAUAUCUGUGGUAUGCUUUUGCUUUCACAGCGACCUUACUUGUAUGUAUUACACAUUGGGUUUACAGUUUUAGGAAGCCCAAGUUCAAUGGAAAGCUCCCUCCGGGUUCAAUGGGCUUGCCAAUUCUCGGAGAGACUCUUCAGUUCUUUGCUCCCAAUACCGCUCUAGAUGUCGCACCUUUCAUCAGAGAGAGAAUGAACAGGUACGGGCCAUUGUUCCGAACAAGUCUGGUGGGCUGGCCACUUGUUAUUUCCACUGACCCAGACCUCAGCCGCUUCAUCCUCCAACAGGAGGGGAAGCUGGUUCACAGCUGGUACACAGAAAGUUUUGACAAUGUGGUAGGCAAGCAGAAUGUGCUUUCAGCUAAAGGGGCUAUGCACAAGUGCCUCAGAAACUUGAUUUUGAAUCAAUUUGGCUCUGAAAGCCUAAAAACAAGGUUUCUUACUCAAGUUGAAGAGUUGGUGCUGAAACAUCUGCAGUUGUGGUCUAACUGUACCUCUGUGGAGUUGAAAGAAGCCAUUGCUUCUAUGAUAUUUGGGUUUACUGCUAAAAAGCUGUUUGACUAUGAUGAGUCAAGGACCCCAGAGAAGCUGAGAGAGAACUACGCUGCUUUUCUCGAUGGUUUGAUCUCAUUCCCUCUGAAAAUCCCUGGAACUUCUUAUUGGAAAUGUCUACAGGGUCGUAAAAGGGCAAUGAAAACAAUAAGAAAUAUGUUGGAUGAGAGGCGUGCAUCACCUGAAAGGGAAGACAAAGAUUACAUUGAUUUUGUCCUAGAAGAGAUGCAGAAGGAUCAAACCAUCCUAACCGAGGAAAUCGUUUUGGAUUUACUCUUUGCACUUCCUUUUGCUACUUAUGAAACCACUUCCUCGGCUCUUGUAUUAGCCAUUCAGUAUCUUGGUAGCCAUCCUUCAGCAUUAGCAGAGAUAACAAAAGAGCACGAGUCAAUUCUAAGGAGCAGAGAAAGAGUGGAUUCUGGAAUCACAUGGAAUGAGUAUAAAUCCAUGAAUUUCACGAUGAUGGUUAUCAAUGAAACUGUUAGACUUGGAAAUAUCGUCCCUGGAAUUUUCAGGAAAGUGGCAAAAGACAUUGAAAUAAAGGGGUAUACAAUUCCAGCAGGGUGGAUGGUUAUGAUCUCCCCUCCAGCUGUCCAUUUCAACCCCACUCUGUACAAGGACCCCCUUGUCUUCAAUCCAUGGCGAUGGCAGUGCCAAGAACCAAAUGCAGGGUCAAGAAAUUUCAUGGGCUUUGGUGGAGGAAUAAGACAAUGUGUGGGAGCUGAGUUUGUGAAACUUCAAAUGGCCAUUUUUCUCCACCAUCUGCUUACAAAAUACAGGUGGACAGUGAUCAAGGGAGGAGACACCGUUUGGAAGCCAGGACUUGUGUUUCCAAAAGGUUUUCACGUUCAAAUAUCUGAGAGAACCAAGUUGUAUGAAGAUAGUCCCAUGGAAACAUAAAUAUAUAGUAGCUAGAAUCACUCAAAUAUGAGUAUUCCA